AUGCCGUCUGCUGUGAAACAACCGCAGACCUUGUACGACAAGGUCUUUGAGGACCAUAUCGUUGAGGAGAAGGAGGAUGGCACAAUUCUGCUCUACAUUGACAGACAUCUUGUCCACGAAGUGACAUCACCACAAGCGUUUGAAGGCCUCCGAAAUGCCGGCCGCAAAGUACGAAGACCAGACUGCACUCUUGCAACAGUAGACCACAACAUUCCUACUGCCUCACGGAAAAACCUCACCACGACGGAGAAGUUUAUCGAGGAGGCCGAUUCCCGGUUACAAUGCAUGACUCUCGAAGAAAAUGUCAAGGCGUUCGAUCUCACAUAUUUCGGCCUCGACGACAAGAGGCAGGGUAUCGUCCACAUCAUCGGACCGGAACAAGGCUUCACGCUUCCCGGAACAACAGUCGUAUGUGGCGACAGCCACACAUCUACACAUGGCGCUUUCGGUGCCCUCGCCUUUGGUAUCGGUACGAGUGAAGUCGAGCAUGUUCUGGCGACACAGACCAUUAUUACCCAGCGGAGUAAAAACAUGAAGGUCCAAGUCGAUGGCGAGCUGGGUCCUGGUGUUGGUAGCAAGGACAUCAUUCUGCAUGUCAUUGGCAAGAUUGGCACAGCUGGAGGAACUGGUGCCGUCAUCGAAUUCUGUGGUUCAGCUAUUCGCGGGUUGAGCAUGGAGGCGCGCAUGUCCAUGUGCAACAUGUCCAUUGAAGGAGGUGCAAGGGCUGGUAUGAUCGCACCCGACCAGACCACCAUUGACUACCUUAAGGGAAGGCCAUUGGCACCAAAGGUCGAUAGCCCAGAAUGGAAAAAGGCAUGCAGCUACUGGCUCGGCCUCAAGUCAGACGAGGGUGCCAAGUACGACAUCGAGGUCUUGAUCGACGCAAAGGACAUUGCCCCAACAGUUUCUUGGGGUACUUCUCCCCAGGACGUCGUCCCUAUUACUGGAGUUGUGCCUGGUCCCGACGAUUUCCAGGAUGAAGUCAAGAAGGCAGCGUGUGUGCGAGCCCUGAAAUACAUGGGCUUAACCGCUGGUACCCCCAUGCAAGAGAUUUCGUUGGACAAGGUCUUCAUCGGAUCUUGCACUAACGCUCGUAUUGAGGAUUUGCGCUCUGCUGCGCGUAUUGUAGAGGGCAAGAAGAUCGCCUCAAACAUCAAGCGCGCCAUGGUCGUGCCUGGAUCUGGUCUUGUUAAGAAGCAGGCGGAAGCCGAAGGCCUAGACAAGAUCUUCACUGACGCCGGGUUUGAGUGGAGAGAGGCUGGAUGUUCAAUGUGUCUCGGCAUGAACCCGGAUAUCCUUUCUCCCGGUGAACGAUGUGCGUCAACAUCGAACCGUAACUUCGAAGGUCGACAAGGUGCUGGUGGCCGAACUCACCUCAUGUCGCCCGCCAUGGCCGCUGCCGCUGCCAUUGUAGGAAACCUGGCUGACGUACGAAAACUCGCACCGGAAACCUCAACAGCAGCCAAGGGCUCGCCAAAAAUUGAACUCGACGCUCAUGUCGAGGCCCCAAGUAGCGAUGAGGAGUUUGAUAAACUCAUGGACCAGCCCAGCUCUGGACCACAGCACACUGCUUCCAACACGCCCAGCACAGAAAACGCCCCUGCCGGCAUGCCCAAGUUUGAAACCCUCCGCGGAUACGCAGCACCCAUGGAUAUUGCAAACAUUGACACUGAUGCAAUCAUCCCCAAACAAUUCCUCAAGACUAUCAAGCGCUCCGGCCUUGGCAGCGCUCUCUUCCACGCCUGGCGCUACGAAGCCGGUGGUGACAAGGAAAACCCAGACUUCGUCCUGAACAAGGAGCCCUACCGCAGUGCUAAGAUCCUGGUCUGCACUGGACCUAACUUUGGUUGCGGAUCAAGUCGAGAGCACGCCCCCUGGGCUCUGCUUGACUUUGGCAUUAAGUGCAUUAUCGCCCCUUCGUUUGGCGACAUCUUCUUCAACAACACAUUCAAGAACGGCAUGCUUCCCAUCCGCAUUGAAGAUGUAGCUACCAUCCAGCGUAUCGCCGACGAGGCGAGUGCCGGUAAGGAGAUUGAAGUCGAUCUCCCCAAUCAAGUCAUUCGCUCUGCCGGUGGUACCGAGCUAGCGAAAUUCGACGUCGAGGAGUUCAGGAAACACUGCCUUGUCAACGGUCUGGACGACAUUGGUCUCACCAUGGCUAGUGUUGACAAAAUUGAGAAGCACGAGCAGAAGCGUACUGCGGUAUGGCCGUGGCUGGACGGCAGUGGCUACCUGAAGAGACAUGGUAGGGGACCAGUCAAGAUUCAGGCGCAGCCUGUGCCCAAGACCAACAGGGGUGAGGAGCUCAAGGAACCGCUUGAGUGGUAG